CAGCUGACAGCUCACACGGCGUGUUCUCGUGACGUCAGGCCAGGCCCCGCCCCCAUAGUCACGUGACAGUGGCGGGUGGAGUCGCUGCUCGGUGCCGAGAGUCCAGUCCGGUGCGGAUGAACAUGGUGAGUGCAGAACCCGGAACCACGAGAGGAGCCUCGGCCGCCGGGGGGGAGCCUAGCCCGCGCCUGCAGGCAGGGGGCGGCGGGCCUGCACCAGGAGAGGCCGGGGAUGUGUCAAGGCCUAGUGUGGGGGCCUGAGCUGGUAACACAGUGCAUGGCAGCUCACCAUGGGCAGGGCACCACAACCACUGCCAUCAAUGGAGGGACCUGAGCUGGUAACACAGUGCAUGGCAGCUCACCAUGGGCAGGGCACCACAACCACUGCCAUCAAUGGGGGGCCUGAGCUGGUAACACAGUGCAGGGCAGCUCACCAUGGGCAGGGCACCACAACCACUGCCAUCAAUGGGGGGCUGAGCUGGUAACACAGUGCAUGGCAGCUCACCAUGGGCAGGGCACCACAACCACUGCCAUCAAUGGGGGGGCCUGAGCUGGUAACACAGUGCAUGGCAGCUCACCAUGGGCAGGGCACCACAACCACUGCCAUCAAUGGGGGGCCUGAGCUGGUAACACAGUGCAUGGCACCACAACCACUGCCAUCAAUGGGGGACCUGAGCUGGUAACACAGUGCAUGGCAGCUCACCCUUGGCCAGGGCACCACAACCACUGCUAUCAGUGGGGGGGCCUGAGCUGGUAACACAGUGCAUGGCAGCUCACCAUGGGCAGGGCACCACAACCACUGCUAUCAGUGGGGGGGCCUGAGCUGGUAACACAGUGCAUGGCAGCUCACCAUGGGCAGGGCACCACAACCACUGCCAUCAAUGGGGGGCCUGAGCUGGUAGUGCAGGCAGCACACAUGGGCAGGGCACCACAACCACUGCCAUCAAUGGGGGGGCCUGAGCUGGUAACACAGUGCAUGGCAGCUCACCAUGGGCAGGGCACCACAACCACUGCCAUCAAUGGGGGCCUGAGCUGGUAACACAGUGCAUGGCAGCUCACCAUGGGCAGGGCACCACAACCACUGCCAUCAAUGGGGGGCCUGAGCUGGUAACACAGUGCAGGGCACCACAACCACUGCCAUCAAUGGGGGGCCUGAGCUGGUAACACAGUGCAUGGCAGCUCACCAUGGGCAGGGCACCACAACCACUGCCAUCAAUGGGGGGCCUGAGCUGGUAACACAGUGCAUGGCAGCUCACCAUGGGCAGGGCACCACAACCACUGCUAUCAGUGGGGGGACCUGAGCUGGUAACACAGUGCAUGGCAGCUCACCAUGGGCAGGGCACCACAACCACUGCCAUCAAUGGGGGGGCUGAGCUGGUAACACAGUGCAUGGCAGCUCACCAUGGGCAGGGCACCACAACCACUGCCAUCAAUGGGGGACCUGAGCUGGUAACACAGUGCAUGGCAGCUCACCAUGGGCAGGGCACCACAACCACUGCCAUCAAUGGGGGGCCUGAGCUGGUAACACAGUGCAGGGCAGCACACCAUGGGCAGGGCACCACAACCACUGCCAUCAAUGGGGGGGCCUGAGCUGGUAACACAGUGCAUGGCAGCUCACCAUGGGCAGGGCACCACAACCACUGCCAUCAAUGGGGGGGCCUGAGCUGGUAACACAGUGCAUGGCAGCUCACCAUGGGCAGGGCACCACAACCACUGCCAUCAAUGGGGGGCCUGAGCUGGUAACACAGUGCAGGGCAGCUCACCAUGGGCAGGGCACCACAACCACUGCCAUCAAUGGGGGGCCUAAACUGGUAACACAGUGCAGGGCAGCUCACCAUGGGCAGGGCACCACAACCACUGCCAUCAAUGGGGGGCUGAGCUGGUAACACAGUGCAUGGCAGCUCACCAUGGGCAGGGCACCACAACCACUGCCAUCAAUGGGGGGGCCUGAGCUGGUAACACAGUGCAUGGCAGCUCACCAUGGGCAGGGCACCACAACCACUGCCAUCAAUGGGGGGCCUGAGCUGGUAACACAGUGCAGGGCAGCACACCAUGGGCAGGGCACCACAACCACUGCCAUCAAUGGGGGGGCCUGAACACAGUGCAUGGCAGCUCACCAUGGGCAGGGCACCACAACCACUGCCAUCAAUGGGGGGGCUGAGCUGGUAACACAGUGCAUGGCAGCUCACCAUGGGCAGGGCACCACAACCACUGCCAUCAAUGGGGGGCCUGAGCUGGUAACACAGUGCAUGGCAGCUCACCAUGGGCAGGGCACCACAACCACUGCCAUCAAUGGGGGGCUGAGCUGGUAACACAGUGCAUGGCAGCUCACCAUGGGCAGGGCACCACAACCACUGCCAUCAAUGGAGGGACCUGAGCUGGUAACACAGUGCAUGGCAGCUCACCAUGGGCAGGGCAACACAACCACUGCCAUCAACGGGGGGGCCUGAGCUGGUAACACAGUGCAUGGCAGCUCACCAUGGGCAGGGCACCACAACCACAGCUCAUCCAAGUGCUAAAAGCCAACCUUGAGCAGGCCUAGUGUUCACUGGAAACACAUCUGCUCUAGUAUGCAAUCAUAUAACUAGUUUCAACUAGCUAUUAAGUUACAACUAAUUGUGGAAAAUAAGAUUUCGUUUUGUACACUGCCAAUGCCAAUCACCUAACUGGUUUCUGACACCACUGCUCAUUUAAAGUCUCCUUCUAUUCUAAUAAUUUUGAGACCCAGAGUUGGAUAUUUGGCAGUGUUCUAAUAUUAGAAUGUUACCUCUGUAGCAAUUUAAUGUGAUAUUUGUUUCAGAUUUAUUGACGCCUACUGUGAAACACAUUUCUUUUAUCUUGGGAGCAUUCUCAAAACAACAUAAUAUUCAAUAUUGUAUAAUGCAUAGGUAUGUACUAAACACUUUACGAAUUAUCAGUGCAUUUUUAUGGUUUGUCACCAACAAGCUAUAAGCACGGGUAUUCUAGGAAUUAUCUAUCUAGAUGUAAUUCCUAGUUAUUCCUGUUGAGCGCAUAUGUUCCGUCAGUGGCAGUUUGUCAGCAGAACAGAGAUCAAAGUUAAAGAAUAUUUAUUUAAUCCCUUGAAAUGGUAAAUACUUGGAUUACUGUACUUCAUGUCAGUGCGUGCACAUACUAGCAUGCUAGUGAAUGCACCAUUAUAAUAAAGAGAAACUUGGAAGUAUAUUUAAUACCCUUUUUGUUUUACUUAAUUACAGGGGUUAGCAAUAUACCACUUUCUGUAGCAAGCUUUGAUGAGAUGUCUCAACUAAUCCUAGUAAUUUGAUAGAACUCGCUCGUGGCAAUUAUUUAUGGGAUUUCUUUAGCAUAUUGUGUUUGUAUAUAGCAAUCUCUCCAUUAUUUAAAAACAAAAAACACUUCAUACAUACAAUGCUGCCACUGAUGACCACUCACUUGCUCAAGCCCUUUUAAUCUUUAUUUUCUGAAAGCAUAUUAACUUGGCUAUACAGGAGUUUAUGAAUAAGACAUGCACAUCUUAGUGCUUCUUCCCCUCUUCUGCCCCCUUGAUACCUUCAAGAUGACUGAAGUUCCACCCUCCUUGGGGGGAAAAAAAGUAUUUCUUCAAAUAUUUAAUCUACUUUCUGUUAUUCUUUGAAAGGAGUAGAAUUAGUUGCAGUUUGAAGGGACGAUAAAGACUAAAAGUGACACCAAAUGUCUUAUACAUUAUAUAAAUAAUGCAAAGAAAAUAAGUAAUCUUUAAAUUUCAUGCAGUUGCUGCUAAUUCCCCAGGCAAGAUCCAGUAACCGUGAGAUCUAACUGGAUCAGGAAAUGGCUCCACCAAUUAGGAACCUAUGUUAAUGGUCAGUGGAUUAUGACAGUUUUGAGUCCUUUUCCAGAUCAUGGCACAAGCUAGUGACCAUGCCAUACACUUUUGAGUUUGAUGUUUGCAAGGGAGUUUGACACGCAAGGUUGUUAUAUUAGAGACUAUAAACAUAUUUUGUUUUGGAGAAAUUGAUCUUCAGGAAGCAAACAGGAAAGUAGUUAAAUGAUCCAAGGUGGAAAGAAAGGGACCUGGUGACAUAUGUCUUGGCAUUGUAGUUGAUAUUGAAAUCCAAAGGAAUUUGUUGAUUGCCAAGAAUUGCAUUUAUCCAGAACUAAAUGUUUAUUUAAACUUGAGUUAGCAGAGAAACUUUUUUUUAUUGAAGGUUUACAACGCAUUAUAAACCUUCAACAAUGUAGAAAUAUAGAUAUCACACCACAUAUAGAUUACAAAGUCUCCACAAGGUAUUGCAAGUAAAGGUAUAUACAAAGUAACCGUUGGGGGACAUAGGAAAUUCAUUUAUAAGCUGAUAUAUGGAAAUAUGUGUUUUGUUCCUUAAAGGACCACUCUAGGCACCCAGACCACUUCAGCUUAAUGAGGUGGUCUGGGUGCCUGGUCCAGCUAGGUUUAACCCAGAGAAACUGCUGUUUAUGAAUGGGUUAAGCCUUCCCCUAUUUCCUCUAGCGGCUGUCUCAUUGACAGCCGCUAGAGGCGCUUACGUGCUUCUCACUGUGAUUUUCACAGUGAGAGCACGCAAGCGUCCAUAGGAAAGCAUUAUGAAUGCUUUCCUAUGAGACUGGCUGCGCGCGCAGCUCUUUCCGCGCGUGCGCAUUCAGCCGACGGGGAGGAGUAGAGGAGGAUCGGAGGAGGAGAGCUCUCCGCCCAGCGCUGGAAAAAGGUAAGUUUUUACCCCUUUCCAGAGCCGGGCAGGAGGGGGACCCUGAGGGUGGGGGCACCCUCAGGGCACUAUAGUGCCAGGAAAACAAGUAUGAUCUAUUGUUGCAUAGCUACAAUAUCUCCCUAAGCCACUGAGAGUAGGCCUUUUCAAAUUUGGGGAGGGAACCUGAAAUUUGGAGUGCCAUUUGUUAGUAAAACCUGCAAUUUGCCAAUCUGUCCAGUACUCCUAAGUCCCCCACCUGCUAACUGCAGUAGUGAAUCUGGCUAAUGGUCAUUGAGAACAAACAUCCAUGGAUUUCUCAUUGUUGGUAGUGUAAAAGAAACAUAUCUUUUGUGGGUAUUAUGAUGGCAUGUAACUUGUGUGAGUAAAUAACUUUCAGAAGUAAAGUCCACAAUACAUACACAUAAACAUGGAAAGUAAGAACCACGUUUUGUACAGUAGAACAAUGGAGAGUGUUGAUUAGUUGGCAACAUUCUCUAGUUAUUACAAUAAUUAAUAUACAGUCUACCCUGUUAUUUUAAUAAGGUAAUUACGUGUAUGUAUACUGGAAAUUUACAAUAACACACGGAAGAGAUUGAAUAAUAAAAACACCUGUAUAUUAAAAAUAAUCUUUUUUUUAUUUUUUUAUUUUUUUUCAUCAUGAAGUUUUUGGGAUGCAGAUGGAAAAUUUAGAAUACAGGAGAGAGACAAAUACAAUAGGGUUUUCAUAAAUCUAUAAACGACGGGUCAGAAUGAAGAUGUGUAUUAUCAAAUAAGAAUAAUCUGAACAAUCUCAAAAAAGGAAACAGAAGGGUGUUAUGGAACGAUGAAAACCUGUCUGGAUCAGGUUCUUAGCAUGUUGUUCUCCACAAAAGUCUGUCUGAUGACCUUUUUGAAAACAUUGAUUUUAAUCUUUUUUUUAAAAAAAUGGUUGCUUCUCAGGAAAGAUGAUCUCCAACUAUUGGCUAAUAUUGAGUCCCUAACAUUGCAACGGUGAUACAGUGGUGCUCUGGUGUCCCCACCAUAAAUAGUCAAACAAUUGGCUCUCCUGACCUAAGCUCUGAAGUGGUGGGGUCUGGGAGGUCAGACAUCAAACACUUCUAAAGCCUCUGUAGCACUGCAAUGGUUAUGGUGCUUGGAGUAUUCGCUCAACUUUAUGGACUGAUGAGCCUAGGGCUUAGGAGUUUCGGAGCCCAUUAUCUCUGUAACAGAGCGCAGUUAAGGCUUGUGUAGCAAACUUUUAUGAAUAGUAAGAUGUUAUAUGAAUUAGCCAUCUGGUAGGCCAUUGUUCUAAAAUCUUUAGUAGAGGCAACUUUUCAAAUAGAUGGUCCUUCGGUCAUUGCCAUCAGCAUGUGUACUCUGCACUAUGCAACUGUUUGUUGGUAUUGAAAGUUGUUAAAGGGACACUAUAGGCACCAAAGCAACCAGCUUAAUGAAGCAGUUUUGAUGUAAAGAUCAUGUCCAAUCAGUGUCAUUGCUCAAUUCACUGUCAUUUAGGAGUUAAAUCACUCUGUUUAUAUAGCUCUAGUCACACCUUGCUGCAUGUGACUUGCACAGCCUUUCUAAACAUUUCCUGACUAGUAAAUAUAAAUAAAUAUUCUAGAUUCCUUUAUUGCACCGUCUGUUUAAUUUAGAAUUUUGUAUCUCUUGCUUUGUUAAUGGUAGUCUGGAGUAGCCUCCUGUGUGUAAUAAAAGUUCCAUUAACAGAGCAGGAGAUAAAGACUUCUAAAGUAAGUUAUUGAUGAUCUCAGCCAUGGAGUCGGCACGUGGUAAGUAAAAUAUUCUAGGAUGGGGACGGCCACUGGAGGCAUCGUAACGAACCUUUGUUUUGGUAUCUGACCCUGGACAUCCUCAAGCUCUGCAUGAGGACAUCCAGUGUCAAAUUUGUUCCUCAUAUUCAAUGAUUCAAUGCUUUCCUAUGGGGAGGUCUAAAGCGUGCGUGCACGGCAUUUGCGCCUGUUCGGCGCAGUGAAGCAUUGACCCAUCUCUGAGGAACAUCAGCGCUAGUAUAAUGUAAGUAAAGGGUUUCGCUGGAGUGGUGGGAGGCAGACAGCUUUGUAUUCCUGGCACUAUAGUAUCCAUUUAAGCUGUAGUUCUGGGACUGUGCACCUUUUAAUUUCUGUACACAAUAAUGCCAAGAGCUUGGGGUGCUUAGACCCACCCUUUAUGAAUGCUUUUGAUUGCUGAUUUUUUUUUUUUUUUUUUGUGCUCUCUUGUCCCAUAGGUCUAUAUAAUUUAACCUUUGACUAAGGAAGACUUUUUUUUCUUCAACCAUAUAGUGCAUGGGUCGUCAAACUCCGGCCCCCCAGAUGUUGCUGAACUACAACUCUCCUGAUUCUUUGAAUUACAUAGAUAGCCAGAGAAUGUGCUUGGUGGGGGGGAGGGAGGGGUGCUGUGUGUGUGUGUGUGUGUGUAUGCAUAUUUGGUGUAAAAUGUAUUUGUAACAUUUUUAUCUCUUUAGCAACAAUUUUCUUUACUUUUUUUUUUUUUUUGGCGGAACAGAGUGAAAUAGAUCUACAGUAAAAUUCAUGAAUGGUGUUUGAAAUGCGAAGCCCUUGAUAAUUUUGGAUUGUAUUAUGAACUGACCCUCUCUUGUAGUUUAGCAAAGGAUGAUGGGAAUAUGGGAAUUAAAUAUUUUUGUAUCAUAACCUUGACAGAACAAACCUAAAUUCUUGGCACAGUUUUGGAUAUGAGUAAAAAUUGAUUUUGCAAUCUUAUUUGAAAACCAUGCGGUAAAGAUUGCAUGUCUCUGGCACAUGACAUUGGGUUGAGAUGUCACAUGUAUCGGUUUAGAGAAAUACCAUUUCAGCAGUCAGUGGGUGUUUUCAUGCACACUUUUUAACCAUUGCUUACUUUGUUACCAGAAAGUUUUUGCAAGUAAAUUAGGGGAACUGUCAGUUCUGACUUUACUGUAAUCUCCCCUCAAAAUUAUAUUUUGGUGCAGAGCCUGGAGAGUCGAGUGUUUGAGUGUAAAUUCAGGAGUGUGUUUAUGCUGGUCACUAAUGCAAGGCAGUAUUUGCAUGGCAUGUCUGUGUGAAUGUAGGAGGAUUUGUGUAUACAUGUCAGUGUAUGAAUACAGGACAAUAGUAGUGUGAAUCUUUGAACACAGGAGUAUAAUUUGCCCCUUGUAUUCAGCACAGUGAGAAAGCAUCCAUUCACUCAACCUAUGUGUGCCCUUACUCUAUAAUUAAGAACAUUUGCCUGUAUAAUGUGUAUUGUACUAGAGAAAUUGCUCUUUUGCCUUGAAUCCAAGUCUGCAUAGUAAUUUUCCCAUGCAUUCUGGACAUUUUUUUUAAUUUUUUUUUUCCCAUUCGUUUGAGAAACCAAUAAUGCCAAUUCAUCGUGUAAAUUUGCCCAUAUACUGAGAAUCUACCCGACCAGUCUUAAAAGCUGACCGUGACCUUGCUGAACAUUCGCAAAGUGGUGUCUUAUUAUAGGGAGAUGGGGAACCUGCAGGUUUUCAUAGACCUUUUGCAAUAGAUCCUUGGUUGAUAUUAUUAUCCCGUCCUAUUGAGGGAUUUCCGUCCCAUCUGCAAAGACUAUAUAACAAAAUUGCUUUAGCAGCAGGCAGAUCUCUUGUGGCCAGGUGGCUAUAUUAUAGGACUCCUUCAAUCGGGAGGUGGUUAAGAUCUGACCUUUAUAUAAUGGAUAAACUCAAAGGCCUGGUUCAAAACCUACUCACAUCCUUCAGUAAGACAUGGUAUCUGUGGCUGGAGUACAUCACAAUUUGGGUACAGUUUCCUUUCCUUAGCGGGUAACUUCUUUCUUUCUCUCUUUCUCUUCCUUUUAUCUUCCUCUGUUGUCUUUAAUUUCUGUCUUGGUUUUUGCAUUUGAUUUUUUUAUUGAAGUAUUAAAUACUGCAUUAGGGUCACAUGGAUCAUUUGAUACCUCAUUGUUCCCGUCCAUACUUAAAUAAAGAGCUUAAAAUAAAUAAAUGACCAACUGCCCCAAAGUUACCGGUCUAUUAUAUUAUUUCAGAAUAAUCUAGUCCAGGCACAGGCAACCGUCGGCACUCCAGAUGUUUUGGACUACAACUCCCAUGAUGCUUUGCCAGCAUUAUGGGGGAUGUAGUCCACAGCAUCUGGAAUGCUGAAGGUUGCCUAUCCCUGCUCUAGUGUAAUCACAAUUUCAAUUUAUUCACCUAUGUAAAAUGCCUCCUGCCCAGAGGGUUCCAUAGCAUCUUAACUCUGUAUAUUUUCCAAUCUGGGAGUGUAUUAACUCUGAGAUUUCCUUACACCAUUGUAUAAUUCUUUCUCAAACUCUCCCCUGGUGUGAUUUGAGAAUUAUGUUAUUACAUGCAGCUUUGUCAGCUCUUGCUUCUGGGAGCUGACAUUACAGCUGUACUCUCGAGCAUGAGCGAGAGUACAGCAUUGUGGUCUAUGGAUGAUCCCACAAGACCGCAGGAUUCUCCAUAGACAGAGCCAAUUCACUGCAGUCAUCACUGGUGACGUCUGUAGGAUUGACACUACUAAACAGCGGUAGCUCAGCAUAGUUUUUAAAAGUAUCAGGCGUAGGAAAUAUACAGACGCAGUCUUUUGUCUCUGUAUAUCUCCUGACUGCGUUGCAAUUUCAGUGAAAUCCCAGCACAGUCAAAAUGAGUACUUAAUGAUGAUUCUGUCUUUGUGACAGUGCCGCUUUAAUACUACACUAGGUUUGUAAAAUACACUGUUCAUAAAGAUACCAGUUUACAAUAUGAAGGGAGAAAACAUGUCAUGCAGGUAUUUGCUGCUCGUCUGAUUUACAUAGUUUGUGGGAUGGGGGAGGGGGACGAUUUCUCAAUGCCAAGGAAAUUUGAUUUAUUGCCAUCUGAACUCGCUAAUGUUGAUUGUUGGUUUUUGUGCAUGAACUACUAGUUUCAUCUCAAAUUGGGUUUGUAUUAAAGGGGCUCUGCCUCAUCAAUUGAAAUGACCCCACUAUCGCUUAUGUGUUUAACCUUUAAUUUAUUUAUUUUACUUGGUGGUUCAUUUUCUUUAACUUUUUUAUCAAGGAUUUAGUAAGUACCAUCACAAUCCUAACUAAUUAUAAAAACAAAUGCAUAUGUGUUCCUUUAAUAAAUUGGAUUAGUGGACCCCUCUGUUUGAAAUAUAUAUAUAUAUAUAUAUAUAUAUAUAUAUAUAUAUAUAUAUAUAUAUAUAUUUUUUUUUUUUAUUAAACUUAUCUUCAUUCCAGUACCAAGAGAGACUCCUUACAACAGCCCGAUCCUACUCCUGUGAAGUCAUCACACUUCAUGUUUUUUUGUUUUUUUUUUGUCCUUUUGUCCAGUGAAAAGCCUCUUCUAAAGAAGUAUUGCUUAUGUAUGGCUAAUUUUUAGCUUUUUACCAUAAACGGCCAGUCCAGUGCUACUAUAUGUGAAGCACUGCAUUCAAUACUUCUAAUAGAGAAUCAUUGCAGGCACAUAUCUAGCAUCAACAGAUUGACAAUCUCUAGAUGAGCUUACAUAGUCUUCAAAGAGAACAUGGGUUUUCUCCUUACUACUGUGCACAAAUGGUGCACAUUUUAAUUUGUGGCAUUUUUUUUCUGCAUGUGGGCAUAUUAAGCUUGGUUAAUGCAAGCAAAGGCUGGCAGAUGCCUGGAUGGUAUGAUGUUUAUCUUUUAUCUGUACUGGAAGAAAAAAUGAUGGUAACUCAGAAUUCCAAAUAUAGUUCCUAUUUUCAAUAAGUGUUCUUAUAGCACUGCCUCAGUGUUCCUUCUUACUAUAAAGUGGUUUAUUACACAAUAAUCAGGCUGAUGCAAGUAAAAUGUCUGUAUCUCCAUGAGCUUUCUAUUCUCCGGUGCCUGUACAAAUGAGAGAUAGAAGCUAGGCCAAGCCGGUUUGUUUCCUAUAAUGAUGACUGUUUCUGUGGAUACUGAAUCUGUAGAGAAUAUAAAUCACAAACAGGAUUAAAGGAGCACUAUAGUCAACAUAUAAAAGCAAGAAAGACAGGUCCCCUAGCCUUCCUUCUUGCUUUUAUAUUAACUUCCCCUUAAUAAAAAAAUAUUUUUGAGUCCUAUUCUAGAUACAACUUGCCUCUGUUCCAGUGCCGAGAUCCUCAGCAGGCUGCGCCCCCCCUUUUCCUCAAAAUGCCGAAGUAGCAGGGCUCAAUCAGACGCUCUUCUUAGAGAAGCAUCAUCGCGAUCUGGUGCGCAUGCGUGGCUUCGCACUGCACCAAUCGUGCUCUUCAUUGCAUGCCACCCUAUGAAUGAACACUGAGCACAUUCAGCUCGCUGUCUAUGCCCGCCCCCUCCUACCGCAAACCUUCAGCCCAAUGUAUAAAGUAUACAAACGCUAUAUAUAUAUAUAUAUAGUAUAUAUAUAUAUAGUACACAAACACACACAUUGAAAAUAUUGUUAAACAUACACACACACUCUAUUUCUAUCUAUUUCUUUCCAUCUAAUUCUGUCUAUCACUCGCCCGCCCCCUCUCUCACAAAAUGUUUAGUUACGUUUUGGAUCCUGCUGCUCGGUCUUCUGCCUGUCAGCCAGAGCCGCUGGGUGUCUUAUCUCCCCACACUGUCAGCUCUGAUUGCCGACAGGCUCCGAGGUUAGCUACAGGACACAGGAGGCACUUUCACAGUGCCUCCUGUCUCCUGAUAUCACGUUUGAUGUAUCCACCCAAGCGUGAAGACGUCAAACAAGAUGAAUGCGAAUUAGGGAGCCCUGAACUCGGAAGUCCCUCUGGUGGCCGUCUGAGUGAUUGCCACUGGAGGUGUUCCUAGCUUCCAAGGUAAACACUGUAGUUCCCUGCAGCCUUUCAUGUAAACACUGUAUUUUCUCAGAAAAUACAGUGUUUACAUGAAAGGCUGCAGGGAACUAUUGUUCUCAACUGAACAACCUCAUUAAAGGGACUCUCCAGUGCCAGGAAAACAUCAGUUUUCCUGGCACUGCAGGACUCUGCAGUGCCCCUCUCUCUCCCAUCCCUUCAGUGACUUACCUGGAUCCAGCGCUGAUGUCCCUCAGCGCUGGGUCAGGCUCAGCCGACUGGGGAGACCUAAUGCGUAAGCGCGGCAAUGGCCAUUUGCGCUUAUUAGACCUCCCGAUAGGAAAGCAUUAUUCAAUGCUUUCCCAUGGGGAUUCCGGCAAUACUGGAGGUCCUCAUGCAUAGCGUGAGGACAUCCAGCGUAGUUAAGAACACUUUUCUAAGAACACGGAAGUCCCUAUAGUGGCUGUCUGAUAGACAGCCACCAGAACCCUGCGAGGUAAUUAUUGCAGUUUAUAAAAAAAGAAAACUGCAAUAAUUACACUUGCAGGGUUAAUGGUGGUGGGAGUUAGCACCCAGACCACUCUAAUGGGCAGAAGUGGUCUGGGUGCCUGGAGUGUCCCUUUAAGCAGAAGUUGUUCAGGUGACUAUACGAUUUAUAAGACACUUUAAUUUAAUAGCAGCAGAGCAAGUAUUCUUGUGGAACGUGAAUCUAUGGCCUGUAAACAGUAUGUAGAGGCAGCAGCCCUUGACGUUUUUACUUACGAUUUCCAUUUGUGGAAGUGUCCUGUCAAUGGCAAGUUUGUAUUCUUGAGGUGCAGGAAAUAAAUAAAUGGCAGGAUUGGCAUCCGAUUUUAGCCUGCAGAAGCCAAAUGCACUUCACCCAUCUUCAGAGGAGUCUGGGCACUCAGGAACCCAGAUAAGAGGGCAAAAUGUUCAAACAUUUUGCCCCACUACUGGGGUAUGGUGCCAGGAUACAUCUCCAGUGGAUAUAGGGGAUAUGAUGGUUUGGAGUAACCCUUUAAAAUAUUGUAGCAGGCAUCAAAGUAAAUUACAGAAUUGGACUUAUGCUGCAUCAUAAUUGACUUAAAGGAACACAAACAUGUAUUCAUAACCCAUUAGUGUUAAAAACACCAUCUGGCCAUCUUUUGCCCCAUAAAUAUAGUAAAAUCUUACUUUUUUUUUCCAGUCUGCUGCUGCUGGCUCUGUCCCUGAUCUGCCUGCUUGGCUGACAUCAGAAGGCUUGCUUAAAGCCAAACACACUGCUUUCUCACGGGAAAGCAUUGGAUUGGCAUGGGCUGUCAAUGAGGCAGAUCGGGGCAGAACACAGCCCUGGCCAAUCAGCAUCUCCUCUUAGAGAUGCAUUGAGCCAAUGAAUAUCUAUGAGGAAAGUUCAGUGUCUCCAUGCAGAGCGUAGAGACACUGAAUGGCAGUGCUGCACACUGGUGCCCAGGAAGCACCUUGAGUGCCCAUAUAAGGAGUGACUAGUGGAGGUAUGCCUAGGCUGUAAUGUAAACACUGCAUUUUCUAUGCAAAAACAUUGUUUACUGCAAAAAUCCUGGAGGGAAUGAUUAUACUCACCAGAACUAAUACAAUAAGCUGUAGUUGUUCUGGUGACUAUAGUGUCCCUAUAUUCAUAUCCAGAGUAUAAUCCUAUCUCUUCAUGCUACAUUACAUUGCAAAGGGAUACGAGAGUGCCAGGAAUACAAAGCUGUAUUACUAGCACCAUCGCUUCUACUGCAUUCCCCCUCCCUUGCGCACCCAUCCCUGGCAAAUAAUGUGUUUAAAAAACCCUUUAUUUACCUACCUGAUCCCAGCGUCGAUGUCCUUGGCGCUCAGUCGAAGCUCCGCACCCUUCUUCCGUCCCGCAACGAGCGGGCUUUAAUGCAUAUGCGCGGCAAAUGCUGCCCGCUCAUUAGACCUCCUCAUGGGAAAGCAUUUAAUUAAUGCUUUCCUAUGGGGACAAAUCUGACUCUGGAGGUCCUAUGAGGGUGCUUAAGGUGGGGAUCCCUGCUGGAGUUGCCUGAUGUCACCUCUCUGCACCCUGAUAUAUUUCUGAAAAAAAUAGUCUGCAGCAACUUUGAAAAGAGCCAGGAUAAUAGAAAAGAAAAAUCACUAAUUGACAAUACUAAAUUAAAAUCUUAAUCUUUAGCAAUAUCAACUCAGACAUGAUUAUAAUAAAGAGUUGAGAACAUUCUAACUGAAAAACUUGGAACAGCGCUUUUUAUUUUUCUUGCAGAGUUUUCUAAGCGGUUUGUUUGGUCCGAUAUGCGAGAUUGAAGUUGCACUUAAUGACGCAGAAACAAGAAAGCUGUCUGAGAUCAAAACAGAAGAAGGCAAGAUAGAAAAGCAUUUCUUAUUCUAUGACGGUGAAUCUGUGGCUGGAAAGGUAAGGACCAGCUAAAUUACAAACGCUUAGAAAAUAUGCAAAUAAAUGGUUCCUCCAUGUCUCAAUCCAUGCACUUUGGCUCUUCAUAACUAGUGUGUGUUAAGGUCAGCUUCUGGUAGCAAAACAUUAUACUGGAAAAUUGGUUAUGGUUGGAACCCAGUGGACCCCUAGGUAACAAGUCAAACCGUUCAAAUCCCGUUUGACUACUUGCAAUGGGGGGGGGGAGGGGUGCUGGAAUUCAUGACUGGCACCAUAACCACUACAGCGUACAAGAUGCUAGUUUUGGCCCAGCUCAGUCCAUUGUUCAUGUAUUUUAUUUUGUCUCAUUGCUGGUUAGUUAGCUGACACUCAUCAUGCUAUGCUGUUUAAUGAUUGCUGAAAAAACAAACUUGGAAUUGAUCAUUUCUCAAGGAUAACUUUUCCAGGAUCAUUAGCAUAUUCCAUACCUUAGUAGAAUAUUGGUGGUGUAUGAGCAAAUACAUGCAUCAGCAAUUAAGAAUCACUUAGUCUGUUUUUUUUUGUUUUUUGUUUUUUUGGAUCUUCUCAGAAAUGUAAAGCAUGUUCUCCAGUUGUAUAAAUGAAAUGCUAAGUGCCAGAUAAACACGGUUUAUAUUGAACAUUUUUUGUUUCUCUAAAUCUUUAAGUGGUCCCAUCAUCUAGACGUGGAUAGCAAAGAAUACUUUAGGUGGCUAUUAAUAUUUUAUCUGUUUACAUUAGGAUAGAAUCAGCAAAUGUAUAGAAAGGUUCGUAUCUGAAACUUUUUGCUUCCUCAUCCAUCAGUCUUGCUGCAAAGGAUAUUUAUACAUCUGUUAGUAAACCAUUAAUGUAAAUGCAAGAUGAUGUAAUCUCUUACAUUUGCGCUGUCUGUCCUUGUAUCUUUGCAACAUUUAUGUUUUGUGUGUUUUUGUCUGUGUAGGUAAACAUUGUCUUCAAGCAGCCUGGUAAAAGACUAGAACAUCAAGGAAUACGGAUUGAGUUUGUUGGACAAAUUGGUAAGCUUGCUCUCUGCCCAUUUAAUAAUUUAUUUAAUCUCUUUGACUUGGUUAUAAUGUCUGGAGUCCUCAGGUACUGUCCCUCCAUUCAGUGUUUAAACCAUUUUCAAGCAGUUUAACACUAAACAAGAGUACCUGGACAGCCACAGCCUGACCUUACAGAAGAUCUGUCUAAACAAUGAUUACACACUUCCUGCCAUACCAAUUCAUACCAGCAAUGGGCAUUGUGAUGGACUGACAGCAGUCAGCUGACACUCUCAGCCAAUCACAGCCACCCAUUUCUACUCAGUCUAGUGCUUACUUAAGCAGCACAAAGAGUAUAGGCUUCUGAGGACUCCCAUUUAGCAUUGAAAAUGGUUCAACACUGAAUGAAAUGAAGGCACUAAGGACUUUGGACAAUGGCAGUGCCUACAGUUUCCUUUUUUAAGUUGAAAGUUUAACCUCACAGAAUUGUCUGUUCUAUAGCACAUUUAUUAUAAUAAACAAACUUCCACUGGAUGUAAGUGGCCAUUGUCUCCUCCUGGUUACUGCUGAACUCAUUGUUUAAUAAAUGCUUCAUGAAAGUGUUGUAAAUUGUGAAAUUGUAUAGUUGAUGUGUUAGAGAAUAUUUCAAGUUGGAUUGAGUCUGUUCAAGAUUGUUCCCCCUACGCAGGCACAUUACUUUAGUGAGAUUAUGGUGAAGAUGUUAUGACUAUAGUAGGUUGUUUUAUGCAAAAUGUAUGUACCGCUACAGAAUCACCAAUAUUUGGUAAACUAUAUCGCAUUACUGUAAAACUGCAUCCAUGUUAAUGUUAAAACCAGACUCCUUUAUUUUUAUUCAUCUUAUAAAAUUAUUAUAAUGGAAAUGUGCUUUAAAUUGCUGCAGCAAGUCUGUGCAAACAUUUUUAUACCACAAAGCAGAGACUGAAAAUUGGGAUAAAGUAUAUCUCACAGGGCGUGCAUUGCAAGGACUUUUCUUCUUGUAACUUGUAUAAGUAAUGUAAGGGAACAUGAUUACGUCUUCGCAAUAUGUAAAAUUAAGAGGUUUAUUUUUCCCCUUUCCAGAACUUUUCAAUGACAAAAGUAAUACACAUGAAUUUGUGAACCUUGUCAAAGAGCUGGCCUUACCUGGAGAACUGACACAGAGUCGAAGUUAUGAUUUCGAGUUCAUGCAAGUCGAGAAGCCUUAUGAAUCCUACAUUGGCUCUAAUGUUAGGCUACGGUAUGAUUUAUUUUUAAUCAUUGCACCAAGUUUCUUCAACAGCCCACUGUAGUGGUUAUGGUGCCAACAGUGUUCUAAUGUCCUCCCAGGAUCCAGUGUUCAAACCAGUUUAAUAAACUACCUGGGUCACGACCUGAUACAAGGGCUGCACUCAUUGGCUGGAAGCACUGGUGCCCUCAGCCAAUGAGAGAAACCUUCAUGGCCCUGCUUUGCUCAGUGGAGCAAACCCUAUUCUUCUUGUACGCAAAAUUGUAAACAGGGCUUCAGUUGCAGACUUAGCUAAGUUGCCAGGCUGUUCUUAAACUGUUUGAAUUCUUACCCUGAGAAGGCACCAGUGCAGCCUUGGCACCAUAACCACUACAGUGCUACUUGUAGUGUUCCUUGAACGGCAGUCCUUAGAUUAGGAUAGAGUAGCACCUGCCAAUAGUGGGGUUAUGGCUUUGCCACAUGCUUGUGCAAUGGAUAAUGAUGAUGAUAUCUUGUAAGUAAUGUCUCAUUAUUUUCUUUAGAUAGAUGAUUUUAUCAAUGUUAAAACUAGCCUUAACACAAAAUGCAGAAUAAAGCAAGUUACGUGAAACUAGUUUUAAUUGUUCCUGGCAGGACUCUUGUGAGUGCAGCCUAUAUUCUAAUAUUUUUAAAUGCAUUUCUAAAAACAUUGUACAAUCUACCCAACAAACGAAAUGCCAAAGUGGUGCCUCUGAGCCUGUUCAGUAAGUACACUAAAGGUGUAUUCUUGAAUCUUCCAUAUUUAUAAAACGUGUUAAAUGUCCCCGCCCCCCAACCUCUAUUUUUACCUUUUCAUAACAGGUGUGAACGAUAAUUUUGUUUCUUGCUAUUUUGUUAGAUAUUUUCUUAAAGUAACAAUAGUGAGGCGCAUCUCAGACCUGGUAAAGGAAUAUGACCUGAUUGUUCACCAACUUGCAACAUAUCCAGAAGUUAACAACUCAAUCAAAAUGGAAGUUGGAAUAGAAGACUGUUUGCAUAUAGAAUUUGAAUACAACAAGUCAAAGUGAGUGUUUAAUCUUAGCUAAUGUUUGUGGUUUAAUUUUUCCUCCACCCACCCACAGUAAAAGUUUGUUAAAACCUAUAAUUAAUUGGUAAUUGUACAAACACUAGAGAUCAAAUUAAGAUUACAGCUUUAUUAUAUAGACAAGUAGAUGCUUGGAAUCUGCUCUGCUGUAAAUAUACUAUAAAUUAUGUUUAUUAUUUUGUUUAGCUUUUUUUUGGUUCCAUAAUUAUAUCCCUUUUGUUUGAAGGUACCACUUAAAAGAUGUAAUUGUUGGGAAAAUUUACUUCCUUCUGGUCAGAAUAAAAAUCCAGCACAUGGAAUUGCAGUUGAUAAAAAAAGAAAUCACUGGAAUAGGUAACAACAUUUAUUCGAAUCAAAGCCAUGCUUUCCUGUUUAUAGUUUUAGAACUUUGUGUGCACGUUUACACAAAGCGCUUCUUUAAAGGUAAAUUUGGUUCUGGAAUGUACCCUCCAUUCCUUUUUAGGGCAUAAAGUGCAAAAUAGACAUUGAAUAAUAAAAAAGGGGGGGACAGGGGGGAAAUGUAGUUCAGCCUCCAUAUCUAAAAUACUGAUAAUUGAACUACAUCUUCAGGAAUUGACAGGAUAAAGUCAGCACUGUGAAAAAGGGGCAACAGAACUUUAAUAGAUCAUGCUGAUUGGUUGAUUGCUUUCUUAUUUGAGCAGUAUUACUGCUGGAAGUCGGGCCUGGUGAUUGCAAUUGCAGCACAAAUGAGCAUGAGCACCCUUAUUUAUGUUUUGUUUUGGAUUGCUUUUUUAAAUUUUAUUUUUUUUCUCCUCUGUUUUAAAUGCACGAUCUAUAUAAUGCAUUAUAAAGGGAAAAACCUGUUGUGUACACUUUAUGAAGGAGUGAGCAUUAAAUAUAAUAGACAGAAAUGUGUUCCUAGAUUUAGCUCAAAGCCAACUACAAUGUGUCCUAACAAUUGGUCAUGUGAUAACACUUGCAAACAAAAUGAACUAUACAUAGUGUUUGACAGAGAGGGGUGUUUGGUGCCAGACCCAUUAUACCUGUGACACUAUAAAUCUCCUUAGCAAUACACUCCAAAUGACAUGUUUUGUCAUUUCUAGCCUAAAUCAUAACUUACUGUCUACAAACACUUUACUCCUAAUAUUUGUGAUGUUUUUUUUUCUAUUGUGCCACUGUAACAGGUUUUUGGUGUGUGUUUUUGCCUUUCUUUUUACAAUUUGUUAAUUGUAUGCAUCUACUUCUUGGAAUUUUAUUUUUUUUUGUUCACCAACUUUAUCCAUUUUGUCACAGGACCUAGCACAACAACGGAGACAGAGACGGUUGCAAAGUAUGAAAUUAUGGAUGGGGCACCGGUAAAAGGUACAGAUUUUGUCUUGUGCAUGUAACAAUAAUAAUAACGCAGUAUUUAACCAGGAAAGGUACAUUCAGAUUACUGUGGUUUUCAAGUACGUCCUGGGGAUGUUACCUUAGCCCAACAUCCAGGGGUUGUUAGUAUUACCCAAUUUAAUGGUACUCCUGUAACAAUGUCAACAUAACUUUAGCACUGCUCUUUCAUAUGUUUGAGGGAGGAAAAAACUGUAAAAGAGACUGCCUUGGAAUAAGUGUAUUUUUUUUUUUUUUGCAUUUUUCUAUAGCAUGAUUUUUUUUUUUUGUGUGUGCAGAUUGUAAGCUUACUUGCAGAAUGUUGAAAAACCUGGGCAGGGUUGUCUUCUCCUUUUGUAUCAGUGUGUUGAAUUAUAUAUCCGUGCCCGUCCGUAUAAUUACCAGUGUUCUUUUUGCAUACAUUGUAAAGGAUAAGAGAUCUGUAAUGCAACUGCUGCAUGAGCAGUGUUCCUCUGAUUACUUCCACUGGCAGACAGUGAUUUCCACACUUGCAACAUUCCCGUAUCGAAAGCGGGAACUAAUCAAGAUGAAUGAAUGUAGUCUUUGUGCAUGUGUAGUAAGUCUCCCAUACAGAAUAUGCUGCAGGUGCAGGGAAUGUGUUUAGCUCUCUAAGCUUGCACUGAAUUUUAUUUAUUUAAUGUACAUUUUGUUUAUUACUAGAUUUGUAAUUUAAAACAAUCUUACAUAUAUUGCAGUUAGAGCACUUAAAGUAAUUUUGUUUUCAGGGUCUUUGCCGACAAAAAAAUAUUGGGAAUAAGAAAUCCAAAUUUUAUUUUUGUUUUGCGUUGGUUUUGUUUUUUUUUUCCUGUCUUUUUCCUGAGAAUGAAAUAAUGUUGAUUUGUACCUUAUUGUUGUUUUUUGUUUUCUUCCUAAUUUCUUUCUGUAUGAAACUUUACAAAAUCAUUUUGGGUUUCCUGGUUACUUUCAAGCUGUUCUAAUUAAAUUCUGUUCUGUUUCUUCAGGUGAAUCCAUUCCAAUCAGACUUUUUCUUGCUGGGUAUGAUCCAACACCCACCAUGAGAGAUGUGAACAAAAAGUUUUCUGUGAGAUAUUUCCUGAAUCUGGUACUUGUAGAUGAAGAAGACAGACGAUACUUCAAACAACAAGUAUGUCUUUCUGUAAUGAAAAUUGCCAUAUAUAGACACUGGUUACGUCAGGAGAAUUUUAUAGUAUUUUUUUUCGUUUUAAUCCCAAAUGUAUACAUUUUUGCUGCAUAAUCUGUUGAUUCUUUGUUUUUUUUUUUGUUUUUUUAAGCAUCACGCAGAAAUAGGUUUGUAUCUGGGCCCUACAUUAUUAAAAGGGUAUUUCCUACGAGGGCCAGAUUUCUUCCAUGUCCUGAUAUUGGUAGAUGUCACUGUAGAAGAAAGAGGUACUUGGAAUCUGCAAAAAAAAAUAAUUUGUUUUUUGUUUUUCUUGGGAGAAUUGUCAUAAAAUUCUUUACUUUUCCUGACAUAUGGUGGCAGUACAAUAGGGAUGUACUCUUACCAUGGGACAAGCAUCUGAAAUAAAAAAAUUAACAUAAGUUUAUCCCCCAACAGGUAUAAGACCUGCCAUGAUCCCUCAGUUCUCUUUCUUGUUCCAUUAGGAACAAACGGCAUCUGGAUUUUUUUUUUUUUUUUUUUUGUGGUGGGGCACAUGGGUUUCUGCCAGGGGGAUCCGCCCUGAUAGCCUCCCAGGUGGAGAGCGGAGUGGCCUGAGUGCAUCCUGCAGGAGUUAUGGAGCAGGUAUGUUUAACUUGCCUUAUGCCAAAUGCGGUCACUGGCAGAGCAAGUAGGAGGUCCCUAGCGGCAGCAAAUCACUGCCUGAGUGAGACGCACGCGCACAGGAGUGGAAUGCACGCCCGGAAGGUAAUGCGUUCCAUCGUAGUACCGACCGCGCUUCCGCGUGCGCGGUCAAAAUUCCAAGAAAUGGUGCGAAAUUUGAAUGUUUGCCUAUUUAUGCUGUGCAGACCCUAAUGACAGCAUAGAUGCUUGCCAGGAAGGAUUUCCCAUGUCACCAGCCCACCCACCCCCACCCAGGGCAGAGGUUUUAGAGGUGAGAUUUUUCAGUCUCUAAUCUUUAAGAUCUCUAUGUCUCUCAUUUUACUUUUCCAAACAAUUUUAUUAUUGCUUUGUUUUGCAGAUAUGUGUAGUCCUAUCUCUCUAGAUAUUAUGGAUAAAGACAAGGUGCCUGCUUCUAAAAAAGCCAGUUAUAAAUCGAAACCUUUUGAGUUGUAGCGAAUGCUCCACACCACUACCAGAUGGUACUGAAAGGAAAAUCUGCAAUCAGUGUUCGUCCUUAUCGCUGGAAAAGUCCAAGCAACAGGACAUGAAGUCAUUCUUGUCUUAGCUUCAAGACAAUCUGGCCCAGACGUUUGAGUCAUUCAAAGUUUCUACAAAGUCUAAUGUUACAGCACCUGUUAAAGGUACAGCCAAACAGGGGCAAAAGUGGAAGAGAUCUUCUUCUAUAUCAGAAUUGUCCUCGUGUGAAUGUCCCAUGUCUUCCCAUUUGGAAACUUCCAGCGAUUCUUCUGUGAGUUAAUUUGGUUUCCCACAUGAAGAAUUAAGAAAGUUUAUUAAGGAAUUUAAUGUUGCCUUCAGAUAAGAGACAUCAGAUUAAGCAAGUAAGAAAGCCCUUCCAGUUCCACAGCAGAUUCUGGAGCUUAUGUGCAGAGAGUGGAAAAACCCUGAAAAAAGGGCAUUUAUUUCCAGGCACUUCUAGAGCAUGAUUAAGCUGCAGGGUGAAGACAAGUGGGAAGACUUGCCAGUCGUUGAUGUACAAGUUGCUCAGUCGUCUAAAAGGACUACUAUACCGAUUGGAGAAGUCUCUGGACUUAAAGAACCUAUUGAUAAGAGGGCUGAAACGUCCAGCAGAUGUGCGUAUCAGGAACCAGGAUAUCAGACUAAAGCAGCAUUGGCAGGAGCUUCAGUGGCUAAAGCUCACUCUUAUUGGAUUCAAAUACUGGACAAUAGCCUGGAGAAAACCAAGACAAAGAUCUCUUAUCUGUUCUAAAAUUUAAAGUUAUCCAAUGAAUACCUGCUAGAUGUCAUCACAGAGGUGAUUAAACUUUCUGCUCGUGUCAUGGGCCUGACAUCUAUGGCCCGCAGGGCACUUUGACUUAAAGCAUUGCCGGCUGAUACGGCUUCAAAGUCUGCACUUUGUGAACUUCCUUUGGAGAGGAAGAAAUUAUUUGGGUCUCCUUUUGAUCAAUUAAUCUGACAAAUGUCGGAAACCAAAAAAGCUCUUCCUCAUGACAGGAAGUAUUCCUGGAAGCCCAGAAACAAAACUUCCAAUACAAGAACUGCAGGGGGUAUCAAGAAAAACCCAGGUUUUUGUCAACAAAGGAAGAUCCAAGGUUUGAUGCACAUAAAGAUAUCGACUGACCGGGCAACAAGAUUCUGAUGCCAUACGAGGCGGAUGAAUACAACAAUUUGCUCACAGAUGGAGAGAGACCACUGCGAAUCCAUGGAUUUUAAAUCUGGUUGCAAGAGGAUACAAAACAAAGUUCUUCAAUGUACUAAGAGCAAGUUUCCUUGUCUCCUCAUACCGUUCAGUGCUAAAAAAAAAAACCAAGCUCUUUUCACCGCUACGUUUACCCUUUUAAAGAAAAGUGUUGUAGAAAGAGUUCCAAGAGCCCAGCUAUAUUAAGGUUCCUAGUCCCAAAACCGGAUGUGUCCUUUCGUCCCAUUUUGGAUCUGAAAGAGUUAAACAACAAUAUUCCAAACCAGCAUUUCAGAAUGGAGACCAUCGCAUCAGUCACUCAUAUCCUUCAAAUGGGGACUUUUAUGGCAACUUUGGAUUUUAAAAGAUUCCUAGCUAUACAUUCCUAUGGACGUUGGCUCAAGAAAGUAUCUGCGAUUUGCAUUAAAGGGUCACAUGGCUCGUCACUUUCAAUUCAAAGCCCUUCCAUUUGAUCUUGCCUCAGCUCCCAGGAUUUUUACAAAGGUUCUCACGCCUAUUACAGCUUUCUUAAGGGUACAUGGUGUUACGGUUGUCCCAUACUUGGACGACUGGUUCAUAAAGGCAAAUUCUAGAGAUGGAUGUGGCUUACAUCCUCACAAUCCUAGAAGAACAUGGUUGGGUGAUAAGCCUAGGAAAAUGUUAUCUGCACCCUACAAGGUGAAUUCCUAGGUUUUAAAAUCAAGUCAGACUCUCUUGCUAUUCACUUGACUGUGGGGGAAAAAAGGAGAAAGAUAAAGAAUCUGACAAAAGAACUUCAGAGAGUACCAAAAUGCUCUGUGAGAAAAGUUAUGCAGGUGUUUGGACACCUCACUUCCACCAUCUCCGCAGUAAAAUGGGCCAGAGCAGCAUCAAGGCCUUUGCAGUGGGAAAUCCUUACAAAGUGGUCAAAGAAAGAUGAUUUGGAUUCUUUGAUAAGCAUUUCAUAUCCUGUAAGAAGACAACUAGAUUGGUGGCAAAAGACCAGUUUCAUUUCAGAAGGUCUAUUAUUUUGGCCAAAAUAAUGGGUCAUAAUCACCACAGACGUUUCGAAUACAGGUUGGGGUGCACACCUGCAGUAUCACUUAAGGCAAGGAACAUGGUCCGAAGGCGAAAAAAGGAAUCCUCAAAUUACAAGGAGUUAAUAACCAUCUUAUAUGCUCUAUAUUAGUUCAGAGCUCUCAUUAUGGGGAAAGCGGUAAAAAUUCAGACAACCAGACUAUGGUAGCUUACCUGAACAAACAAGGGGGUACAAGGAUAAGAAAAUUGCACUCCCUUUCCACACGGAUUAUGUCCUGGGCUCAAAGUCAUCUAGAAGAUCUAUACGCUACGCAUAUAAGAGGGAUAGACAACAUUAUUGCGGACGACUUAAGCAGAUCGAGAUGGUCCUAGAACGAGUGGUCUCUAAACCCGGUAUUUUUAUCAGCUGGUGAAGAUAUUCGGCCUGCCGGUCAUAGAUCUAAUGGCGAGAAGGUGAAAUGCAAAGGUGAAAAGAUUUGUCUCCCUCUUCAAGGCAGACAUGCCUCUAGUUCUGGAUGGGCUGUCAAUCAAGUGGGCAUUCAGCCCUGCAUACAUAUUUCCCUCCGUGAGCCUAAUUCCAAGAAUUUAGCAGAAGGUGAAAACAGAACAAGCAAUGGUACUGGCCAAAUCGGAGCUGUUUCUCUGUUUUAAUAACAAUGGUUUUAAAGUAUUGGGAGCUUCCGGUUUUAACAGAGCUCCUGGAGAACGAAGGGAUUCCAGUGGAGGAAUUGAAAAUGUUCAAAUUGACGGCUUGGCUGCUGCACGGCUAAUCCUGCAUAACAGAGGCAUUAAGAAAGAGAUUUAAGAUUCUUAUGAAUUCUACCAGAAGAGCUACCUCUGCUAUAUAUUUGAAAAUGUGGACGAAAUUCCUUCAUUAGUGCAUAUCUCACUAUUGCCUAAGAGCUUAGUUUAUCUACCCUCAAAGUUCAAGUUUCUGGUAAAGAACUUGGUUUCGGAUCCUCUGGUUAGGAGAUUUUGAAGGCUGUCAAACUUAUUAAGCCUCCGAUAAGUGUUUUUUCCUCUUGGGACCUGUCUUUGGUUUUGAAGUCUUUGUUCCCAGCCUUUCAAACCCUUAGAGGAAACCUCUUUAAAGCUCUUGUCUAUAAAAUCUGUUUUUUGGGGGGGGUUUUUGUGGCCAAAACUUCUGCUAAGAGGGUAGGUGAAAUUCAGGCCCUUUCAUCGUCUGCUGAAUUUACUAAGAUUCUUCCAGACAAGGUUGUGCUGUAUCCGAAAUAUUUGUUUCUACUUAAAGUCAUCUCAUCCAGGUCUAUCAACCACCAAUUUCCCUGUCUUCUUUUUAGUUGUCCAUCUGUCUUCGAGUUGGAUGAGAAUUGACACUAGUUGAAUGUCGGAAGGUUUCUUAAAAUCUACUUGGAUUGCUCCUCUGCUUACAGGAAGACUGACCAUCUUUUUUUCAAUUUCUUUAGAAAAUUUAAAGGUCAUGUUGCCUCCAAAGCUACUCUGGCUAGAUGGCUCGUGGACACUAUAUUUAAAAUAGCUUAUUCGUCCUCUGAUCUACCUUUGCCUACCUCCUUGAAAGCUCAUUCUACAAGACCCGUGGCUGCUUUCUGGGCCAAAAAAAGCACAAGCUUCACCUGAAGACAUCUGGAGAGCUGCUAUAUGGUCUUCAUUCAAUACCUUCAUCAAACAUUACAGACUAGAAGUAUUCUCUGCCUCUGGUGCUGCUUUCGGGCAUAAGGUGUUACAAGCGGUGGUUGCUUAAUUCCCACCCAUUGCUCAGGGAUCUCGAUAUCUCCCUAUUGUGCUGCCACCAUAGGUCAGGAAAAACUGCAAUUGUACUCGCCGUAAAUUCCUUUCUCCUUAAUAUGGUGGCAGUACAUCACUCCCUCCCUUAAUUAAAGGACCACUCUAGGCACCCAGACCACUUCAGCUUAAUGAAGUGGUCUGGGUGCCAGGUCCCUCUAGGAUUAACCCUUUUUUUUUAUUUAUUUGACAGCCGCUAGAGGCGUUUGCGUGCUUCUCACUGUGAAAAUCACAGUGAGAAGAUGCCAGCGUCCAUAGGAAAGCAUUAUGAAUGCUUUCCUAUGAGGCUGGCUGGCUGGCUGCGCGCGCAGCUCCUGCUGCGCAUGCGCAUUCAGCCGAAGAGGAGGAGAGCUCCCUGCCCGGCGCUGAAAAAAAGGUAAGAUUUAACCCAUUCCUCUCCCCAGAGCCCGGCGGGAGGGGGACCCUGAGGGUGGGGGCACCCUCAGGGCACUUUAGUGCCAGGAAAACGAGUAUAUUUUCCUGGCACUAUAGUGGUCCUUUAAUAAAUUUUAUAUUUCUGCAGUAUUGAGUCUCUGAUGUUUUCUUGGGAUGUAGUGAGGGUCCAUGGCAGGUUGGUGUCUUAUACCUGUAGGGGGAGGAAAUUUUAUUUUAAUUUUUAAUUUCGGAUGCUUGUCCCAUGGGAAGAGUACAUCCCUAUUGUACUUCCACCAUAUUAAGGAAAAAGGAAUUUACAGUGAGUAAAAUUAAUUGUUUUUAUAUACCCUUUUAAAAACUGCAAACUCCUUUACAGUUUGGUUUAAAAGAUCUAGCCCUCUGCACCAAAUACAUGAGAUGGAAAUGUAUAUAGCUAUGUGUGUUUUGUUUUCAGUUUCAUGAGUAUCUAAUUUGGUUGGGCUUUUUAAUGCUAACCAUAAGCUGUGUUCUUAACCAGGAAAUUGUUUUAUGGAGAAAAGCACCCGAGAAGAUAAGGAAAAGAACCAAUUUUCAUCAACGAUAUGAGCCCUCUGAUCCACAAGCGUCCGCUGAAGAACCCGAAAUUUAAACCUUUUGUAUUCCACUUGAGAUGAAGGAUGGAAACCAGAAAGAAUGCCAAAUCUCCCUCAAAAACGUCUUCCUUCAUCCAGUGCUGCUGCAUUUAAUUUACCACACUAAACAUUCUGCGGUCUGUAUGUAAUUCCACAUGUAAAUAUAUAAAUACCAAGUGCUUUUGCCGAAACACUGGACCUUUCUCGGACUAGCAUUUUAUAGAAAUACUUUAUUUUUUAAUUUUGAGAUUUUUUGCAUUGGAACAUACAUCAAGAUAAAAACAGAUGCUUCAUGUUUGUGUUUUUUUUUAAAUGCAUGUAGGCUGGUGUAAAUUAAAGAGAAACAAAAUUGCCUUAUCGUCCCGGUCUUUCAUGUAAAAUUAUUACUUUGUUUUGUCAUUCUGGAAUCCAUUCAUUUAUUUUUGAACACCAGAUCAUAAACUGCCUGUGGAUCUGUCUAAACUCUCUGAAUUCACUUUGAAAAUGAAGGCUAUAUUAAACAUUUUGAAGACCUAUUGUGUGCAUUUUAUUUUCUAACCAUCACACAAAAUAAAUGCUUGUACUCAUUUAUUUUUCCUUUAAUCAUUAGCUUCUUUGGUUAGUUUUUCUUGUAUUUUUAUUGGAUUUCUGAAAUUGUUACAUUCAAUUUUCAUUUUUACCCCCUUUUGAAGCUCUUUUGCUAAAUGAUUAAAAAAAGCUGGUUAAUAGGAUGUCCUACUGUAGCUGUGAAAAAUUCAGCAUCUUUCUUUCUGUUAUCCAUUGAAUUCACAUGAUUAUUGUUGUAAUGGAAUUGGAAAAAUAAUUCACAAUGUAUAUAAAUUGCUUUAUUAUAUUGUACAAGUAUUUUAUAUCAAUGUUUGGGGCAAAAUACUGAUAAAAAUAAAUAUAUCCUUUAAACAUUA